UUGAAAACAGUAUUCGACAUGUCAACAUUACAGGCGGUCGUUUUGUGGGUGCUGCUAAUAUGUGCAGAUUUGAGCGCCGGUGUUAAAUUUCCUUCUGGAUUCCUAUUUGGUUCUGCCACGGCAUCGUAUCAAGUGGAGGGGGCGUGGAAUGUUAGUGACAAAGGUGAAAACACAUGGGACAGACUGGUUCACAGCAAUCCCGAUGCAAUUAAAAAUCGUGACAACGGGGAUGUGGCCUGCGACUCCUACCACAAUUGGAGGGAUGACGUUAAGAUCGCUUCCGACCUGGGGCUGCAUUUUUAUAGAUUCUCCAUAUCAUGGUCAAGGUUACUACCUUCAGGUCUGCCUGACAGAAUAAGCGAAGACGGAAAAAACUACUAUAACAACCUCAUUGACGGACUCCUCGAGAAAGGCAUACAACCAUUAAUUACUCUGUACCAUUGGGACUUGCCGCAACGGUUACAGGAUUUAGGUGGUUGGACAAAUCCCCUUAUGGUGGAGUGGUUCGCGGACUACGCGAGAGUAGCUUAUACUUUGUAUGCCGAUCGAGUAAAGGCUUGGAUUACUAUUAACGAGCCGUAUAUAGUAUGUGACGUUGUAUACAAAUCGGGUUUGUUAGCACCUGCUAUCAAAGACCCAGGUUUCGCUAACUACCUUUGCGCCAAGUUUCUUUUGCUGGCCCACGCUAAAGCUUGGAGAAUCUACGAUGAAGAAUUUAAAUCCAUCUACAAUGGUAAAGUCAGUUUAACAAACCAGAUCAUUUGGAUGGAACCUGUUUCUGAUGAAUACGAAGAACUGACUGAGCAUGUACGGCAUUACAUGGCUGGACUGUAUUCUCAUCCUAUAUAUACAAAAGAUGGUGGAUGGCCACCAGAAAUAGAGAAGACAAUAGCGGAGUAUAGUAAAAGGCAAGGUUACCCACGUUCGAGGCUGCUUGCGUUCACUCAAGAAGAAAUCGACUUCAUUAAAGGUACAUAUGACUUCUAUGGUCUUAACUUCUACACAAGCAGACUAGUCCGUAAAGUUCGAGACGGAGAAACCCUCUCACACUGGCCGCUGGGAAGUGGCUUUCCAGAACUCGGUGCGGUUAUAGAAGUCCACGCUUCUUGGGAGAAAACGGCAUCACCUUGGUUUUUGGAUAGUAUAUAA